AUGGGACAAAAAAUAAAUCCACUUGGUUUCAGACUUGGUACAACCCAAAGUCAUCAUUCUCUUUGGUUUGCACAACCGAAAAAGUAUUCCGAGGGUCUACAAGAAGAUAAAAAAAUAAGAGACUGUAUCAAGAAUUAUGUACAAAAAAAUAUGAGACUAUCUUCUGGUGUCGAGGGAAUUGCACGUAUAGAAAUUCAAAAAAGACUGGAUCUAAUUCAGGUGAUAAUCUAUAUGGGAUUUCCUAAAUUAUUAAUUGAAGAUAAGCCACGAAAACUCGAAGAACUACAGAUGAAUGUGCAAAAAGAACUUAAUUGUAUGAACCGAAAACUCAACAUUGCUAUUACAAGAAUUGGAAAUCCUUAUGGGCACCCUAAUAUUCUUGCCGAAUUUAUAGCCGGACAAUUAAAGAAUCGAGUUUCAUUUCGAAAGGCAAUGAAAAAGGCUAUUGAAUUAACUGAGCAAGCGGAUACAAAAGGAAUUCAAAUACAAAUUGCAGGGCGUAUCGACGGAAAAGAAAUCGCACGUGUCGAAUGGAUCCGAGAAGGUAGGGUUCCUCUACAAACCAUUGGAGCGAAAAUUGAGUAUUGCUCUUAUAGAGUUCGAACUAUCUAUGGGGUAUUAGGAAUCAAAAUUUGGAUAUUUAUAGACGAAGAAUAA